AUGUAAUUGAAUAUUAGACUGGAAUGUAAUAAUUAACCCUUUGUUGCAAUCAGUUUCAGAAAAACAUUUUGUAAACCCAGAAGAUUUUGAUUAUAAAAGAUGGCUAACCCCUGAACCAAUUUUAAAUAAUGACAACUUCAUAUACAUUCCUUUUUCAGCAGGUCCAAGAAAUUGCAUAGGAUAACAUAUGGCAUUGAUGGAAACAAAAAUAAUUCUGUCUUAAAUUUUAAAAUAGUUUAUUAUAUAAGCCAAUGAACAUGUAAUUCCUAAAUGGACUCUGAGAUUUGUUUAUCAGUUAUAACCUAGUAACUGUGUGAGAUUAAUCAAAAUUUAAGAAAAAAAUGAUUGA